CUUCACCAGGCGCUAUAACGUUUUGAAGGUCGCUGAUCAUGUGUGUUUGAAAUGGAUUUUAGUAAUUUGCACUGCUUUGUGGGCAAGGGUAUGAUUUCUACUGCAUCCUCUGCCACCAUAAAUACAAAUACCAGUGAACGAGAUUGUAAAAUUGGUCAGCUGCAAUAUCAGCAACAACAGUUGCUCCGUCAAAGUACUCCUUACAAUUUCAGUUCUUGGGAUUGGAAUGCUGUGAAUAUCAUGAAUAAUAAUAAUAAUAAUAAUAAUAAUAAUAAUAAUAAUAAUAAUAAUAAUAAUAAUAAUAAUAAUAAUAAUAUUGUUAACGGGACUCAACAACCAAUUUGCAAACCUUUGUUUCCUGAAAAUGACGUCAUGAAGAUGAUCAAUUUUAUAAAACAGGAAAAUUAUGCUCCUACAAUGAUUAAUUCAGCCAGCUUCAGUCAUGAAAAUAAUAAUAAACAAGGGUUUGUACGGGAAACUCAACCGUCAUUGAAUAAAUUAAUUGAAAUGGGCUAUCCAAAUCAGCAUUGCCCUUAUCCUUUAGAUCAUUUACAUUCACAAUUUCAAUUCAAUCAAAGUAGAUGCUCAUCAACUACAACACUAUAUAAAGAACCAACUGUUCGUAAUGAAGAAAAUCCUGUUUAUUCUGAAGCUGAUAAUAAAUCAAGCAUUCAAGAGGAUCCAUCAUCAAUGGAUAAGAACAGCAAUUGUAAAAGCGAAAAGUUCGCAUGUGAACAUUGUGAAAAGAAAUUCAAGACAAAGUCUUAUUUGAAUGAACAUGUGAAAGUUAUUCAUGAAGGUAUUUUAAUUCAAUGUGAUGAAUGUGGCGAUGGAUUCAAGUCUACUAGUUCACUUAAAAAUCAUAUAAAUUUAGUGCACAAAGGUUUGGGAUUUCAAUGUCAUUAUUGUAAUAAAGUGUUUACACAGAGACAUACCUUAAUAAUACAUGAAGAAUGUGUUCAUAAAGGUAUCAAAAUAUCAUGUAAUCAUUGUAGCAAAAAAUUUGCAUCUCGAUGGUAUUUAAAAGAACACAUCACAAUCGUCCAUGAAGGUAAUUUACUAAAGUGUGAACUUUGUGGUCGGUCAUUCAAUUCACAUUGUGCAUUACGUUAUCAUUCUAAUAUUGUUCAUAAAGAUCAUAAAUUCCAAUGUCCACAUUGUCCCAAGACUUUUCGUUUGAAAAAAUACUUAGAAGGUCAUGUAAAACGAGUUCAUGCUAAUUUGGGUAAAGGAAAUACGCAAACAGUUUAA